AUGUUCAGGAGACAGUUUUCCACUGGCGUGCGAGUGUUGCAGCACUACGAUGAUGCAAUUCUCGCGAAAUACUACCCCAAGGAGCUUUUAAGGUCGAUAAAGUUAGCUCAGGACGUUAUACCGGCGACGACGCAGUUCAGAGUAUCGCACAAUGUGGAAUUUGCGCCCUCGUACUUGGAUGAUUUCAGCAAGAUUGACUCGUAUUGGGAUUACAAGCCGGGGAUGCCGCACGUGCAUGCGCAACAGGAAGACAUGGUUCACAACGCAAUCUACGACUGGAGCGUUACGCAGCAGCCAUUGCCCGGCUCGGGCCAUGUUAUGCCGCCCGGCGUGUCGCUACCGACUUUGGAGGGGCGCUCUUCCAAGACGCUGGACGUUGCUCGCGGGCUGCAGCGCCAGACCGGUGUAGACGUCGAGUAUGUGUCGCGCAAACUGACUAUGAGGCCUUUGGUGAUGAAACGGGUGUCGAACCAGACGGGGAAGGGCAAGAUCCCAUCUUUCUACGCGCUGGUGGUUGUCGGGGACCGCAACGGCAUGGUCGGGCUCGGCGAAGGAAAGUCGCGCGACGAGAUGUCGAAGGCGAUCUCAAAGGCGCACUGGGAUGCGAUCCGCAAUCUGAAGGAGAUCCGUCGUUACGAGGAUAGAACCAUUUUCGCAGACAUAGACUACCGGUACCAUGGCGUGAAGCUGCAUCUGAGGAGUGCCAAGCCGGGUUUCGGUCUGCGCGUGAACCAUGUGAUCUUCGAGAUAUGUGAGUGUGCGGGGAUCAAGGAUCUCAGCGGGAAGGUGUACAAGUCUCGUAACGAGAUGAACAUCGCCAAGGGCACGCUGGAGGCACUUGUUGGAGCUCAAAAGACGCUGGAUGAGAUUGCUCUUGGGAGAGGCAAGAAGAUCGCUGACGUAAGGAAGGUUUACUACUCGGCAUGA